GGUAUUACCAUGAAAUUAUAUCUUAUCCCUUCUCUUCCACUUGUUUAAUUUCUCAUCUCUCAAAUAUUUGGCCAUGGCUACAUCAGCUGCUGAGAUAGGUGUCUGCUAUGGAAGAAUGGGUAACAACCUUCCAUCACCAUCAGAAGUCGUUGCUCUUUACAACCAGAGAAACAUUCGUCGGAUGAGAAUCUACAGUCCUGACCAUGGGGUCCUUCAAGCUUUGAGGGGUUCAAAUAUUGAAGUUAUACUCGGUCUCCCCAAUCCUGAUCUUCAACAAAUCGCUUCUGGUCAAGCUGUCGCUGAUGCUUGGAUCCAAACCAACGUCAGAAACUUUUAUGAUGUUCGUUUCCGAUAUAUCACCGUUGGCAAUGAAGUCCAGCCUUCUGAUUUCUUCGCACAGUUCCUUGUCCCUGCAAUGGAGAAUAUUCAGCGUGCACUUGCAAAUGCUGGCCUUAUUAACCGAAUCAAAGUCUCCUCCGCCAUUGACACUGGAACGCUCGCCGUCUCUUAUCCACCAUCAAAGGGUUUGUUUAAAGACAACUUUAGGCCAAUUCUUGACCCCCUUGUUCGCUUCUUAGUUAAUAAUCAGUUGCCGUUACUAGUUAAUCUCUAUCCUUACUUCAGUUUUAUUAAUAACAUGAGAGAUAUUCGUCUUGAUUACGCGCUCUUCACGGCCCCGGAUGUAGUUGUCUAUGACCCACCGUUGAAAUACCAGAAUCUGUUCGAUGCAAUUCAUGACUCUGUAGUAGCAGCGCUUGAGAAAAUUGGUGGAGGCUCCCUGGAGAUUGUGGUUUCGGAGAGUGGUUGGCCAUCGGCUGGCGGGACAGCAACGAGCAUGGACAAUGCGAGAACUUACAACAACAAUUUAAUUCAGCAUGUGAAGCGAGGAACGCCUAAGAGGGCAAGGCCGAUCGAGACUUAUAUUUUCGCCAUGUUUGAUGAAAAUCAUAAGAAUCCUGAAUUUGAGAAGUUCUUUGGACUUUUCGCGCCAAACAAGCAGCCUAAAUAUGCAGUCAACUUCAACUGAUCAUCAUUAUCCAUCCAUAUAUACACAUGUAUUACUAAAUCCAAAAUAAAAAAUUACUCAGUAUAUGUAAUUCUCUCAAGAAAAGUCAUCUUUUUAGUAUAAUUAAGAAAAAAAAUUAUCGAAAUAAAACCCUAGAGGAUUUAUAAUGUUUGUUAAUACAAUAUGUUUAUAUGUAAUGAAAAA